AUGGCAAACUCUAACGAGCCAAAUUCUCGUGACAGGUUCGAGGCCUUCUACGAGGAAUGGCUCGCCGGCCAACAGGCCAUACUCAAUCAGCUUCUUCUCGUCGCGGCGGAGACCGCCGAGAAGGACAACGACUGCGAGCGGCGAAGAUCGUUGAUCGAGCAAUCCCUGUCUCACUACCAGCGCUACUUCGAGGAGAGAAACGACAUCGCCAGCGACGACGUGUUCGUCGUCUUCUCCUCUCCGUGGCUGAGUUCUUUAGAGCGGGCCUACCUCUGGAUCGCCGGAUACCGUCCGACGUUGAUCCUCCGCCUGGUGGAGAGCGGCGUCGCCGACCUGUCGCCGGAGCAGGCGAGGAGGAUGGAUCGGCUGAAGGCGGAGGCGGUCCGAUUGGAGCAGGAAGUGUCGGAGGCGAUGGCGGCAGUGCAAGAGAGCGUAGCAGCGCGGCCACUUGUGGCAUUAGUGAGCCGGAUGGGGAGGGCGGUGGACGGGGAGGUAUCGGCCAUCGACGUGGCAAUGGAUAGGCUGAGGGCGGAAAUGGUCGGGGUGCUGGAGAGCGCCGACGCGCUGCGGGGAUCGACGAUGAGGAGGGCGAUAGAAGUGCUGAGUCCGGCGCAGGCCGUGAAGUUCCUGGUGGCGGCGGCGGAGUUUCAGCUUCGGAUUAGAAGGUGGGGCCAGCAGAGGGACUCUAACAGAGAACCUGCUGUUUAA